CUUCGCUUCAUCAUCACUCUCACUCUCCCCCAAUUUCUUUUUUAAAUUAUUUUUAUUUCCGCAACUUCCUUCAAUUCAAUUUGAAUUUCAAAACCCUCCCACCCAAUUUCACCCUUCCAUCACUCAAUUCCCCCAGAUUCUAGGGUUUCUCUGCUCCUGAAAACCCUAAUAAAAAUCUCCCCUUUCUACCCCUCCACUCCUAUUGGCUGUGCUGAAGAUCCACCAGAGCUUGACAUGGUGAAAAGGAAUCACUAAAUUUUGAGGCUUUGAGGGAGUUUGACCCGGAAAUUGUAAUUGGUUUGAUUCUGUUUAACAAUUUGACAUGGAUAAUGAGAUGAUUGAAUUCGAUAUCGGGUUGGGAGGCAGGGAAGGGGAUGAUGAUUUUGUCGAAAUUGAGCACCCUGUCGAAGAUGAGGAGAUGGUUGAUAGCCCUCUGAUUGGGAGUGCUAGUGGGAGUGUCAAUGGCAUCGGGUUUAGUGGAGGGAGUGGUGAGAUUUACCUCCCUGAGGGGGACCUGUUGGACCUUGAGCCUUAUGAUGGCAUGGAGUUUGAGUCUGAGGAGGCUGCCAAGGCCUUUUACAAUUCAUAUGCCCGCCGUGUUGGGUUUAGCACUCGUGUCAGCUCCUCGCGGCGUUCCAGGCGCGAUGGGGCGAUCAUACAGAGGCAAUUUGUUUGUGCUAAGGAGGGGUUUAGGAAUUUGAAUGAGAAGCGGACCAAGGAUAGGGAGAUCAAGCGGCCGAGGACUAUCACUAGAGUGGGAUGCAAAGCGUCCAUGUCUGUGAAGAUGCAAGACUCGGGGAAAUGGGUUGUGUCUGGUUUUGUUAAGGAGCAUAAUCAUGAGUUGGUUCCUCCUGAUCAGGUGCAUUGUCUUCGGUCGCACAGGCAAAUAUCUGGUUCUGCUAAGACCUUGAUUGAUACACUGCAGGCAGCUGGAAUGGGUCCCAGGAGGAUCAUGUCAGCACUGAUUAAAGAGUAUGGUGGAAUCAGCAAAGUUGGAUUUACAGAGGUUGACUGUAGGAAUUACAUGAGGAAUAAUCGCCAGAGGAGCUUGGAUGGGGACAUUCAGAUGCUAUUGGAUUAUUUGAGACAAAUGCAAGCAGAUAACCAGAACUUUUUCUAUGCUGUUCAAGGUGAUGAGGACCAGGCCAUGGGCAAUGUCAUCUGGGCAGAUCCAAAGGCAAAGAUGAACUAUAAUUACUUUGGUGAUACUGUUACGUUUGAUACUACCUACAGGUCGAACAGGUACCGUUUGCCCUUUGCACCUAUCACAGGGAUAAACCAUCAUGGACAGCCUGUAUUGUUUGGUUGUGCUUUUCUGAUAAAUGAGUCUGAAGCAUCUUUUGUUUGGCUGUUUAAAACAUGGCUUAUGGCAAUGUCAGGACGCCCUCCAUUGUCAAUUACCACUGACUAUGAUCCUAUGAUACAGUCAGCUAUCAUGCAGGUCUUCCCACAGACUCGUCACCGGUUCUGCAAAUGGCACAUUUUCAAAAAAUGCCAGGAGAAACUAUCCCAUGUGUUUCUUCAACAUCCAAAUUUUGAAGCAGACUUCCACAAAUGUGUCAAUUUGACCGAGUCAAUAGAAGAAUUUGAGUCUUGCUGGUUGUCUCUUGUUGAUAGAUAUGAUCUCAGGGAUCAUGAAUGGCUUCAAACGGUGUACUCUGCUCGCAGGCAGUGGGUCCCUGUCUAUCUCCGUGACACCUUUUUUGCAGAAAUGUCCAUAACUCAGAGAAGUGAUAGUAUGAACUCAUAUUUUGAUGGUUAUGUGAAUGCUUCAACGAAUCUGAGUCAGUUCUUUAAGCUCUAUGAGAAAGCUCUAGAGAGUCGCAAUGAGAAAGAAGUGAAAGCAGAUUUUGAUACGAUGAACACUUCCCCAGUUUUGAAGACCCCAUCUCCAAUGGAAAAGCAAGCCUCUGAGUUUUACACAAAAAAGAUAUUUAUGAGGUUUCAAGAGGAGCUAGUUGGGACAUUAACUUUCACAGCAUCCAAGGGCGAUGAUGAUGGGGAGUUCAUCUCAUAUCAAGUAGCGAAAUUCGGGGAGGACCAUAAAGCAUAUUAUGUUAAACUAAAUGUUCUGGAGAUGAUAGCAAAUUGCAGUUGCCAGAUGUUUGAGUUUUCUGGUCUUCUUUGCAGACAUGUAUUAGCAGUCUUUCGAGUGACCAAUGUGUUAACUCUGCCACCUCAUUACGUAUUGAAACGAUGGACAAGAAAUGCCAAGAGCAGUGUUAUAUUAGAAGAACGUUCUAGUGAUGUAUAUACCAAUUAUCUAGAAUCUCAUACAGUUAGAUACAAUACUUUACGCCAUCAGGCCUUUAAAUUUGUAGAUGGAGCGAAGUCUUCAGAAACUUACGACCUUGCCCUGGAAGCUUUGAAAGAAGCUGCAACAAAAGUGGCGCAUGCAAUAAAGAAUGAUGGGAGAAAUGUCAUGUUGAAUGGGCAUAUCAGAGGAAACUUGGUUGGUGGUGGAAGUCGGGCCAAUUAUACCAUUGGGGAUCAUGAUGAGAGUUCUGGCCAGAAUUUGUCCGAGGAUGAUAUGGACAAAAAAAUUCGGGAAAUUACAAAUGAGCUGGAGUGUGCUAAUCGAAAGUGUGAAGUUUAUCGAGCUAACCUGCUUUCACUUUUGAAAGACAUUGAAGAUCAUAAGUUGCAGUUGUCAAUUAAAGUGGAAAACAUUAAGAUUAGCAUGAAAGACGGCUUCUAAAGGUGCAAUACAGUCACACAUGUACUUAUUUUUAUUUGGUUGCUUUUAGGCCAGUGUGUACCAAUGCUUUCAGGAUAAGUUCCUUCACUAAUGGAGGAAAUUAAAAUUCUGGAAAAUAUGUGUUGUGUUUCCAGUGUAUUUAAUCUCUGUAGAUGCAUAUGUCAUGAACUUGUCUUUGUUGGAUCCGUCAAAUUAUGCUGAUAGUUGGCCCUUGUGCCUGGUAGUCUGGUACACAGAGGAA